ACUUUUCUCACAAAACCUCCCUCUUCUUCUACCCGACAAAUUUCAAAGCUUUCGUUCUCACUCGACUCAAUCCUAGAGAUCCCGAUGGCGCCCAAAGCAGAGAAGAAGCCCGCCGAGAAGAAGCCAGCAGAGGAGAAGAAAUCCGCCGCCGUCGCCGAGAAGGCCCCGGCGGAGAAGAAGCCCAAGGCCGGCAAGAAGCUCCCCAAAGAGGCCGGCGCUGGCGACAAGAAAAAGAAGAGGUCGAAGAAGAGCGUGGAGACGUACAAGAUCUACAUAUUCAAGGUGCUGAAGCAGGUCCACCCGGACAUCGGCAUCUCCAGCAAGGCCAUGGGCAUCAUGAACAGCUUCAUCAACGACAUCUUCGAGAAGCUCGCCCAGGAGUCCUCCCGCCUCGCCAGGUACAACAAGAAGCCGACGAUCACCUCCCGGGAGAUCCAGACAGCCGUCCGGCUCGUCCUCCCUGGCGAGCUCGCCAAGCACGCUGUCUCCGAGGGUACCAAGGCCGUGACCAAAUUUACCAGUUCCUAGAGCGUCUGUGAUGUUGUGGAAUUUCGUGCGGACACGAAAAAAUAGAUUUUUUUUUUGGGGGGGUGGCUCUGUCGUCUUUUGAUAUGUGGCGAUGGUUUUGGGGUGUAGUGGGUAGUGGGUCACUGACUCGUGAGAUGUAAAGUAGUGACUUCAUUGAAGCAAUGGUGGGUUUACUUUUGAAUGGAGUAUAUGUUUCGCUAA